UACGGGCCGGAAUCACUGUCUUGUGCCCACACAGGACCGUGGAUGGGGUUAGUCGUUGCUGGCUACUGCCGAUUUUUACCCGUUUCGAUACACGUAAUACAUUCAAUACACCGAGGCCUGCCUGUCCUCCGUGCAUCAGGCCCAACGGCGACCAGGACUUUCUUUUGUGGACUUUCUUCUGUGUUAUUAGUUGGACAAAUAGUGACGUUUCCUUGUUGACAUAUCCGCUCGAAUCGUUCGUCCCAUGUUGGCGUCUUCAUGUCAGACAACUUACUCACCGACUCUCACCUCUUCAAACCAAACCACAACAAGCCAUGACGGCAACGGGAACCCCCUUCAGCCCAUGUUGCGCGACACUUGGGGCCGGCUCGGGCACGUCUGCAUACUCUGGAUUCCUCAAUAUCACACACCGAGUCGGACGGCAUGAAUUGUACAAGAACAGGUGGGUUCAGGUCGCCAUUGGCCUCGGCGGGAACAGGCUCUCCCUAGUUUCCUCACUUCUAGUGCCUAUGGGAAUGUUCCCUGCUGCCGCGGAGCGGGCUCCCACUUCUCUCUUACACCGUCGUGGCUGGUUCCCAUUAGUCGAAUCCUGACUCUGACUUGCCGCGGAGGCCCAGAUCACCCAGCCCUUGGAUUGCACUUCCCGCCAGGCAGUUAGAGAUACGAGCACGUGUUUUCAUCAUACCAGUCUGCAAGAAAUCUCCCGAUGAUCCUCAGGAGUACAUUAGGUGCUGCAUCUGCGGUGUCCAAGUCUGGAAAACGACUCAAGUCUCGCAUCACCACGCGUUUCCCGGCCUGGCCAGACCUGCAGCACAUAUUACACCGUAGUUUUCCUCAUCUGCGACUCAUAUUCUGCCAAU